AUGUCGCCUUUUCCGUCGCUUCUAAACUCACCGCAGUCGGGCAUCGGCGUCAAGAUCGAGCAGCGCAUGCCUGGAGUUCCUCACAGGAUCAUUGGCAUCGACAGAGACGGCCCAGCAUUCAACUACCUACAGAUCGGGGACGAUAUCUAUGAAGUGAACGGAGCACCGACCACACACCUCAGUGUAGAGCAGGUCGCACAGCUCAUCAGAAGUGCACCAGGAGAUCAAGUCCAACUCUUGAUCGCUCGACCUGGGGAGAGCGCGGGAGUGAGCAGGACGCAGUACAACGGGGCCAUGUCCAACGGCGAGAUAGCAAACAGGCACACAACAUCAGCAGCGUUCUUGUCCAUAGCAGGCAGGGAGAGUUCAGACGCGUUCGGCCGUUUCAAAUCGGCCAAUCUGGCUCAGAGCAACAUCGUCAGUGAGCAUGGCGAACUCCGGCCCCUUCCCAUCUUGCCGAGCGAAGUGAACAAGCAGCACUCAGUGACGGACUGGAUCUUUCCGUCAGGGCCUCACCCGGACGAGAAGAUCGAUCGAUCCCAGCGAGAGCCAUUGACGGCCGAGUACAGCCAAGAUCUGCACAAGAAGCUCAGUGACAUUGAAUCAGAGAAUUAUCGUCUCGCUGCAGAAUGUCAGAGGAUGGAGCAGUCAAAGAGCAGCAUCCAGCUGAGGAGCGAGGCUCUGAAGCAAGAGACUGAGAUGAAAAAGAACAGGGACAAGGAGUGGUACACGCAGGAUGCAAACUCCAGCAUCGUCUUUCUCGACCUGCAAGGCAAGACGCAUUGGAUCCCUCACUCUCUCAAGGCCCAUCUGCUCCUGAUCGCUGCCUCCUCCCCGGAAGAAAUCCCGGAGGCUUACCACGAGGGCGCCCUGGCUCGCACUGAGAUCGCUCCUUCUGUCUACAAGUGGACUUACGCGAAAAGACCGUACUGGGCGUAUCCUGACUGGAGCUCGGUCUCUUCUUCCUUUGUAGCGAAUCUCCCUCCGACCGCUCCCGAGGACAACGUUUUCAACAAGACCAUACAAGGGGAGAGCUGGAACAAGGUGGAGUCGCUCAUGCCUCCUCCCUCCGGCAUCAACUACUGCUGA